AUGUUUCGUCCCGCUGUUUCCAGGUCGUUCCACCCGAACUGGGCGCGCGGCCAGCUUCCUGCCCACCCCCACAACGCCUCCCGACCGUUCGAUGGCCUCCUCUCCGGGCUCUUCUCCGCCUGCUCCCAUCAGCCUACGCCUAAAGAACGGCAAAGACAACAUCCCAAUGCGUGGAAAAAGUGCGGGGUGAAUUCCAUUUCGGAGUCUCGGCUGGGGAGGCGGAGUGGGCGGCCGCUCUCGCAAAGGCGGCCUUGUGCGCGGAGUACGGAGUACGUCACAGUACGGGGUCCACCUGCCCAAAGCCACGCCUCCCACAACUCCAUAAAAUUCAGAAGCCAACAGCAGUUCCAACUAAUAUAUGCUACUUAUUCGGCACCACGGGAUCCUCAUGAAGAAAUGAUGGAUAAAUUCAAUUGCUCGUUCGCCUUCCAACGGCCACCGCGAAACUUGUUAAAUUCAUCUGGUGUUAGUUUAGUAUUGGUCCAGGACGCCACAGUCGUACCAAAAACGUCAACAUUCCAGGAUGUCUACAACAUGGCAAAAGUCGAUCUUGAUAAAAAUAGAGACAUAGAGACAUCCCUGCGGACGUAA